AUGAGCCACUACAACAACAACGGCGGUUACCAGCAGGGUGGUUACCAACAAGGUGGCUUCCAGCAGGGUGGUUACCAACAAGGUGGCUUCCAGCAGGGAAACGGAGGUUACCAGCAAGGCGGAUUCCAACAGGGCGGAUAUCCCCAGGAUCGUCCUCAUGGCGGUGGCGAGGCCAACUCAUACUACUCCCAAGGAGGCCAUGAGCAGUACGGCCAGGGCCAGCAGGGAUACGGCCAGCCUCCCCAGCACCACCAGCAAAGCUUCUCGCCUCCCCCAUACCAGAACCAAAACCAGAACCACGACAGCUACAACCAGGGAUACCGCAACGACGGCCCGCCUGGCUCCGCCGGCCCGGGAGGCGAGGACGGCGAGCGCGGCCUGACCGGUGCCUUGGCCGGCGGUGCUGCCGGAGCCUUCGGCGGCCACAAGGUCGGCGGUAACUUCGGCCACAGCAAGACGAGCACCUUCAUCGGCGCCGUCGCCGGUGCCUUUGCCGGCCACAAGCUCCAGGAUGGCGUGUCCGACUGGAAGGACAAGCGCGACGAGAAGAAGAACGAGGAGAAGAACGACCACGACCGGCCACACGACCGUCCUCAGGAGCACCACCACGGCGGCCACCACAGCAGCCACCACGGCGACGACAAGCCCCGCAGCGGCAACUACGCCGGCAACUUCACCAGCUCGUCCCGGGACAUCCGCCUCGACGCGCACGGGGAGUACAACCUCCACGCCUCCUGCAAGCGCCGCGACGGCGAGUGGCAGAGCAGCACCAUCAGCCUGAACCGCAUCCUCGAGAACGACCAGGGCAGCUUCCGCUGGUCCUCCGGGAACAGCAACGGCGGCGGCGACUCCUCCGUCACGGUCCAGCAGGGCGACACGCUGCGCAACAUCGCCGCCCGGUUCAACGUCGGCUUCGACGAGAUCGCCCGGCACAACAACAUCCCCAACCCGGACCAGAUCUGGCCCGGCCAGGUCCUCCAGAUCCCCGGCCGCGGCGGAAACUCCUCCGGCGGCAACUUCGGUGCUUCUGCCCGGGACGUGCGCCUGGUGCAGGGCGGCCAGGUCCUCGAGGCCGAGCUGUCCCGGAACGGGCAAUGGGUCCGCAGCUCCGUCAACCUGGACGAGAGAAUAGGAAACAACAACGGAACCCUGCACCUUGUUUAA